AUGUACCUUAAUCGAGGUAGAUCGUCACGUUUCAAACUUCUCAAGCUAGUUACACUAUCGCACAACCUGAAAAGGGUGAAUAAAUGCUUUAUUAAACACACACAUGAAUUAGAAACUAGUUUUGACCCUGAUGAUGUUGAACCAGUACACAAUGAAUCGUAUUCUCCGUCAGAUGAAAUAACACUUGAGGAUUCUUCAACCUUUGUGUCAAAUUUUUCUGAAUUUUCGGGUUUAUUGAACAGCAGACUCCUUAAGUCAUUGGAAUCCAACGGAUUCGUAAAAUUAACACCAAUUCAGAAAUUAUCCAUUCCAAAAGUCCUCAAAGGAUCGACGGUUUUGAUUAGAAGUGCAUCAGGAACAGGGAAAACCCUAACAUUUGUAAUCCCUGCACUUCAAAAACUAGUUUCUCCACCAGAUAAUGUCAAAAUCACACGGAAAGACGGAACCAAGGUUCUCAUUAUAACGCCCACGAGGGAGCUUUCGUUUCAAAUUUCUAAAGUGACUGAGAGUUUGUCUAAGCCGUUCCCGUGGAUCGUGGUAUCUUGCAUCAAAGGUAUCAGCAGGAAGUCGGAGAAGGCGCGCAUAAGAAAGGGCAUAACGAUCGUAAUCGGGACGCCCGGGAGGAUUUUGGACCACAUGGAGAGCACCUCCUCGUUCAAUUUGACGAACAUGGACAUGUUAGUGCUUGAUGAGGCGGACAGGCUGCUGGAUAUGGGCUUCGAGAAUAAAAUAAGGAACAUCCACAGCCACCUCCUGGAUUCGAAGAAGAGUAACGCGGAAAACGCAGGAAUUCAGAUCGUGUUAACGUCAGCAACGAUAACCGAUAGAGUCACUAAGUUGGUAGACACGUGUUUCGUAGCUAAGCCCCUAUUGAUAGGAGUGAACGAAGAAAAUCACAAGAUGCCAACGAAGUUAAAUCUAGAAUACGCACUGGUAGACUGUAACAACAAAUUCAUGUGUUUGGUGUCAAUGCUGCUAAAGUUUGUAGGCAACCACGAGAAGAUUCUGAUAUUCGUAUCAAACUGUGAUACAGUUAACUAUAUGGAAAGACUGCUUAAAAUGCUAUCAUGGCCGAGUUUGAAAAGGAAAGAAGGGCCACAAGGGAGCCUGAUGAAGAACACGAAUUUAAAUUUGUCGGAAUUGGAGAAGGACCGAGUUUUGGCAAACAAGUUUGCAGUGAAUAAGGACACGGAAAGGCAAAUAUUUGAAGUGCCCAUUUACAAGUUACAUGGCGACAUGGAGUCUAAAGAAAGAAUGCCGCUGAUGGAUCAGUUUAUAAAUUCGAAGUCGUCAAUAAUGGUCUCAACGGACGUUGCAUCCAGAGGGCUUAACCUCUCCAAGGUCAACAGAGUUGUUCAAUACGACCCGCCGCAGCAGUUGGAUGAGUUCAUACACAGAUCAGGAAGGACGGCCAGGAUAGGUGACUCUGGAACGUGCCUACUAAUACUGAUGAAACACGAAAGCGAGUUCGUGCAAGUUCUCAACAGAAAGGGCAUGAAGCUAAAGGAAAUUGGGGAAGGUGAAGUAUGGAAUCCAAUUAAGAAUAUACACACGCCUAAGUAUUUGAAGAAUUUUAAGGGGGACUUGGUUGGAUUCAUGAGGAAUAGAUUCUGCACUGACGUCAAGGAAGACAGUCAGCUGUUGCAACUAGCCAAGAACGCUUUCAAGUCAUCUAUAAGAUCUUAUAAGACCUACGCCAAGGAGUUGAGGAAGGCGUUCAACUUUAGACGCUUGCACUUGGGUCACUACGCCACUUCUUUCUGUCUAAACAUGAAGCCCACUGAACUCAUGAGCAGGAAGGACCAGACGAGUACAGAAGCGAGAAAGAAAAGGGCGCCUAAGAUGCACUCGGACAGGCGAGCGAGGGAGCCCAAGUUGAACCUAAGUGCCGAGUCGCAGAGUGCAGCUGAAAUGGCACUUAAGUACCUCAAGGAAAAGAACAUGAUUCUGUAA